UCCUAUUGACGAUAUCAGAAGUCGGUGGCAGUAGACUUGGCUUAUCGGCCUUUCUGUUGCAAGUUUCAAUUUGAUAGUUUAAGUAAAAACAGGGCUCUCAGCUGACUGAGAAAGGCCAUUUGUUGUAGAGAAUUUUGUCAUUUUAUUCAACCAGCAGAUAUAGAAAGAGUGGGAAGGCAAAUGGAAGGAAAGAGAAAGGAGAAAGCCAUCGGCAUUGAUCUGGGAACAACUUAUAGCUGCGUGGGAGUAUGGCAGAAUGACAGAGUGGAAAUCAUUGUUAAUGACCAAGGAAAUAGAACUACUCCUUCUAUGGUUGCUUUCACAGCCGAAGAGAGAUUUGUCGGAGACGCUGCCAAGUUUCAAAUUUCCUCUAAUCCUCUUAACACCGUCUUCGAUGUGAAAAGACUCAUUGGUAGGCAAUUUACUGAUUCUUCUGUGCAGGCCGACAUGAAACUGUGGCCUUUCACAGUUGUUUCACAGAAAAAUGACAAGCCAAUGAUUGAAGUGAAUUACAAGGGUCAGAAGAAACUGUUUGCGCCUGAGGAAAUCUCAUCCAUGGUUUUAAUGAAAAUGAAAACUACAGCUGAACAGUAUCUAGAAAGUGAGGUGAAAAAUGCAGUUAUUACGGUGCCUGCCUACUUCAGUGACUCCCAAAGGAAGAUGACUAAAGACGCUGGCCGGAUUGCAGGUCUAAAUGUAAUGCGGAUCAUCAAUGAGCCGACUGCUGCAGCCAUGACUUACGGCUUUGGUAGAGCUGAGGAAGAGAAGAAACAUAUUCUGGUGUUUGACCUUGGUGGAGGUACUUUUGAUGUUUCUAUUGUUGUAGUUCAAAAAGGCAAAUUUGAGGUGAAAGCAGUUGGGGGAGAGGCACAUUUGGGAGGUGAAGAUUUUGACAAUAGGAUGCUCGGCUACUGUGCCCAACACUUCAACAAGUUGUACAAAACAAAUUUAUGUGUGAAUGCCAAAGCUCUUCGGCGACUGCGUUCAGAGUGUGAGAGGGCAAAGAGAAAUUUGUCCUCAGUGGUAGAGACUGUAAUUGAUAUCGACGGUCUCUACGAAGGAUAUGAUUUUUUCUUGAAGAUCAGGAGAGCAAAGUUUGAAGAGCUCAACUUUGAUUUAUUUGAGAAGUGCAUGGAAGUUGUGAAGAGAUGCGUGGCAGAUGCCAAGUUUAAUAAGAGCCAAAUUGAAGAUAUUAUAUUAGUAGGGGGUUCCUCAAGAAUACCAAAGGUGCAGGAAAUGGUCAGAGAUUUCUUCGAUGGGAAGGAGCUCUGCAGAGCUGUAAAUCCGGACGAAGCAGUAGCUUAUGGUGCUGCACUUCAGGCAGCUGUGCUCAACAAGGAGGACGUUCACAUUGUCAUGGAGGAUGUCACGCCUUUGAGUCUUGGAAUUGCAGUUGAUCAUGAUGUGAUGAGGGUAGUUGUUCCGCGAAAUACUCCGCUUCCCACUCGGAAAGAGACAUCCGUCACUACAGCAUAUGACGAUAUGACAGCCUUACGCAUUCGAGUUUUCGAAGGUGAAAGACCUUUGGUUAUAGACAACAAUUUUCUCGGAAAAUUUGUAUUGAGAGGGAUUCCCGCUGCCCCGGCUGGAGUGCCAAUUAUUAAAGUUUGCUUUGAAGUGGAUGCAGAUGGAAUUCUGAACGUUUCUGUCCACGACAGAAUAAGUGGAGCAAGAAAUGCGAUUACCAUUAGUAAUGAAGGUGGGAGACUAAGCACUCAAGAGAUUGAUAAAAUGAUAGCGGACGCAGAAAAAUUUCGCAGGGAGGACGAAGAAGCGAGGAAAAAGCAGGUUGCCAAAUACGCCCUUGAAUGUUACGUGUCCAACAUGAAAAAGAGGGCAAUGAAAGAAAAGAGUGAAGGCUCUAUGGACGCUGAUGUUGCAGAAGAUCUUAUAUCAACUAUCACUGCAGUUGAGGAAUGGUUAAAGGACGACACUGUGACAGUUGUUGAACUGCAAGACAAAUUGAAAGAAUUGGAAUUGAAAUGCCUGUGUUUAUCUUCCCCCAAGCGGUUUAAGUUUAUUAAAUCAGAGAAAUGA